GUAAUCAAGACAAUCCUACCACAUCAUACUGAUCUAGCUGUUGUUUGACCCUGCGUCAAGAAACUCACUACAAAGAAAUAGAAUGAUGAGAUUCAGAUUUCCACGAUUGAAGAAGACUCAAAUAAUUGUAAUACCGUUCCUGAUAUUGAUGAUUAUCUGGGCCAGACAUCUGAACCUGCAAACAAUCGUUAUCAAUAACGAUUCAGAUCCGUGUUCGAGUAAAGACGGAAGUGAAUUAAUGAAGAAAAUAGAACUACGAACUUUGAGAACAGUCGAAGACCAGUACAAAACCAAACUAAAAAACCUCUCAAAAACAGAGUUAUCAGAAGUAACCAACUAUUACCACCGUGAUGUAUCCUUACAUUGGGAUAGUUCACAUACUCUUCUACCACAAAGUAAACCUGUCCCGGAUAAGACAUGUCUCCGACACCUGGAUCAAACCUUCACAACCUCUGUUAGUGUGGUCAUGUGUAUGAAGAACGAGCUGAUCUACCUUCUCUUACGAACUCUCACUACACUUGUUAAGAGAACGCCACCCCAUUUAUUGAGGGAGAUACUCCUGAUAGACGAUGGAAGUGACACGGACAGUUCAAGCGAGAUAACAGAUUUUAGUUUGAAGAUGGGGAUACCGAUCAAGAUACAAAGGAAUAAUGUGAGUGUUGGAAUUACCAAUUGUAGGAACUCAGCGAUAAGACAGGCAGAGGGGGAGGUGGUGGUGAUAUUAGAUACCCACAUGGAGGUGUCUGAUAUCUGGUUGGAACCACUCCUUGAUAUUCUGCAGGAGAAACCUAGUGCUGUAGCAGUUCCCACUUUAGAUCUUAUCAAUGAAAAGGACUACGAUGCGAAACAUCUGAGAGUUGUAAACGCGUAUGGUAUUGAGAUGAUGAGCGGGUAUUCCUUCUUCAGAUACUACAAAACUGGGCCACCACAACACCACCAAUCUGAGCCCUACCAAUCAGCCUCAAUCCUAGGAGGUGCUCUAGCAGCAUACAAGGCAACAUUCUUGGAAUUCUACCCUCAGGGAGUGUUGGGGGAGUAUUGGGGCACAGAGAACAGCAGACUAGCACUGAGAAUGUGGAUGUGUGGAGAUGGGUUGUGGAUGACACGUUGCUCACAAGUUCUCCACAAUAAUGGUAAUGAUGGAGGAUUACAGAGAUACCUGAAGGAUAGCCCCGAUAUGUGGUUACAUCUCCACUACGAGACACUGGGAGAUGUUGUGAACUUUAUCAGGGAGGAGGAUGACAAGAGGAGGAUGUUACGGAGUGUUUAUCGGGAAGAGGAGCAUGUGGAGAAGGUGCUUAGCGUGUCACGUACAAUACAGGAGCAGUUUAAGUCAACGUGUUCACGUGACUAUGCGUGGUAUCUAAAGAAUGUCCAGCCUCCAGAGUCCAUGCAUUAUGUUCGAAUGAGUUCAAGUGAUUAUUAUCAUCUGAUCGGUGAAGCAGAAUCCGUGUCACAUCCUAACUAUUGUAUCAUAACAGACUACAAUAAAGCUUAUGUAGAUCAGAAGUGUAGAAAGGAUAUGACCCUAGUGUACGACACUCAUCUGCUAGGAUUCUCAGUGACAGGAGAGGUUCAGACUACAGUUCAGACUUUAAAUUGUUGGGAUUGUGGACAGGGAGCCAACAAUGAGACUGCUAUCGGCAUGUACGGGUGCCAUUCUGUUGCUAACCCUGACCUUGAAACUACUUACACUACACAAAACUUCCAGUAUGAUGUUGAUACCAAGCAAAUAAGACAUGUUGAAAGCAAAAGAUGUGUCCAAAUAUUUCCUGACGAUAAGAAGAUUUUACUUGUUUAUUGUACUGGUCGGCCGGAGCAGAAAUGGAUCAUUAAUUUGCCCAGGUGGUAUACGAAACAUUGAAAUUGUUUAAACGAUUUAAGCUCUGAGUGAAAAAU